AAAUAUCUUUUGCAAGGAAAGGGGGGGGAAUCAUUUUUUUUUAAGGACUGAAGAAGUAUCUGCAUUUUGGCUUCAACUCCAGCCACAAACAUCCUGUUCCUUUAAGAAGACUCAGCAGCAGCACUCCUCAGUAGAGCUGAGCAGGAAGUGGUGAGGUCUGGCCGGCUCCUGAGGGGUUAAUGCCUGCUCCAGUAGUGCAGCGUGGCACUGCUCGGAGGUCAGUGCGGCAGUGCCCCUCUGGUACCCGUGCACACUGGCAUUUCCUGAUGAGCUCACAGAAAGUAGGAGCAGGCAUCCUCCCACCAGUCCCUUCUCGGAAGAGGAAGUUUCUGAAUAACGGUCAGAGCCCCAGAAGAAGCCGGGAGAAGAAGACUGCAGGAAUCUGGAAGUUGUGGGAGAUGUGCCCCAGCAGAUGAUAGGAUGACCUCCACCUCCUCCUUCUCCUCGGCAGGAUGACAGCCUAUUCACUAAAUCUUAAGGUGUUCUGGCUGCUGGUGAUCAUCUUGUUGACAGGCGUCUGCUGCAUGUUCCUUGCCCUCAGAAGAAGCAGUCAUGAGGAUGAUGGGGGUUGUCAGGAGCAAUCCCUCAGCAGUUUGCAACUUCUCUUCAAGUUGGGCUUGGUGAUCCUGGUGUGCUAUGUGGUCUUCAGAUUCUGCAACUACCCCCAACCCAAGAAUCACCACCUAAAUUUCCAUCAUCGUCAGCAGCAGCAGCUCAGGAGGAAUCUCCUGGAAACCUUCUAUGAACAGCACAUCAAGCUUUCUCCACAUGUUCUUGGCCACAGCAAAGCACAUGUCAGCCAGAUAGUGGGCGAGCUCAUCAAAGUGGGCAAAGCCAAGCAGCAUGAUGGCGGCGUCAUCUUCAGAGGGGACUACCUACAGAUUGGAAGUGCCUAUGAGCAACAUAAGAUCAACAGCCCGGACUGCUUUGACAUCUUGGUGCCUCUAAAAAUGCCACAGAGUCUGAAGCUGGAGCCUGUUUUUGCACAGGUUGGUAAAAAAGAGUUCAUGCCCAUGCUUGGUGGGUCUGUACUAUGUGGGGUGGCGGCGCCCAAAAAGUCUGAGUGGGUUAAAACGUUUAAGCAGUUCAACGAUUGCUUUUGCCUGGAGGUAGACCGCCGACACCAGCUGUCCGCCAGCCUCAUCCUCAAGUGGUUCCAUUGGAAGAUCCAAAGGUGUCUCAAUGUCAUCAGGUAUCAGUUUGAGGAGAGAUGUCACAUUACGCUUACGGUGUGCGACAAUAAACUCAUUUUGAAAAUUCUCCCCAGGUCUGAUUAUGUCUGCUGCCACAUCUCCAUGUCCGUACGACUUAUCCCUGCCUUUCAUCUGGGGGACUCUGUGUACGUCACUGCCCAACCUUGGGGCAGUUCGUCCCACCAGGACAACUUAAAUCUGGAUCCAUAUUGGGGGAUAAACUUUUCAAAAUAUGAGCAGAAGUACCUGACCUGGUUCAAGGACCAGGCCCCUUCCAACUCGUGUCACCUGAAGUGCCUACAGAUUAUGAAGAGCCUGAGGGACCUGAGCAGCAAGACCUUCCAGCCUUCCUUCACCUGUCAGUGGAGAUCCAUCUUCUGCUCCUACAACUUGAAAACGACACUUUUCUACCUUUUGCUUCAGAUUCCUUUCGAAAAGUGGGAUGACUCACUCCUCAUGGAGAGGAUAGCCGACAUUUUCAUGUUCUGGAAGGAAUGUUUGCAAAAGGAGGCACUUAUGCAUUUCUUCCUAGGUAACAGCACCCUUCCUAAUUUCAUCACGUUGCCAAAAAUGUUCAAGGAAGCCCAGCCUGUAAACCUGCUGGAGGGUUACGGGCCCGAGUUGUUGGACCGGGCCUGUUUCCAGCUACUUAACUUGUGGGUUCAAAUGCCUCGGAUACUUCGCAUGAGUUCCCCUCCGAGGAACUUUAUCAGGGAAGCAUUAAGGUGCAAACACACAACUCUCUGAGUGGUGAUACAAUGACAUAGGGCUUUAUUGCACCCAUGUGGCAUUGGGAAUCUUAGCAGGGUUCAUUUGGCAAAUUCUAGGCAAUGCAGAAAAUGUAUUCGUAAUGGUGUGAGGCGCCUCAAUUUAGCGAAAUCCUUGUGCAUACUUGUGCUAUUACAUCAUUUUGCUUCAUGCCAAAGAAACUAAUCUCAGUAUUUGCACACUUGUUAUACUUUGUAUCUUGUUUUUUUAUUUAUUUUUUUCAUUUUGAGUCAGCCUUUCAGUAUUACUGCAGCAAUUUUUUGUUUUAUUUUUUUUUGCUUUGAGAGUCCAGAAUACCGGUACUGUAUGUCUUUUAUGACUACCCAAUUAUAAUGUGUGUAAGUACUGGAAUAGAUGUUUUUGCAGUCCUUGCAUUGGGUCUGUAGGGACUGUACGACUGCAAGUGACCUAAUGUAUUCCAUUCAACAGCAGCGCUCUCGCAUCAGGGGUGUUGUCCUGGAUGGUUGCAGGUCCCCAUGGUGCUCAGUGUCACAGGUCACCAUCCUAUUCUAUGUCAUAGAGGCAAAGUGGAUAAUGCAGAAUCGGUGUAGAAUUUAUGUAGCACAUGGUGGCGACUCUCUGACUCUGGUCCUGGUCCUUAUCUUCUUCUCAGCACCAUUCACACGUCCGCAAUUCUGUUCCGCAUUUUGCGGAACGGAAUUGCGGACCCAUUCAUUUCUAUGGGGCCGCACGAUGUGCUGGCCGGAUCCGGAAUUG